AUGGGUGAUCAAGACACUAUGACUGAAGUUCCAGCUUCCUUGAAGCGUCUUGCUAAGUAUAUGGUCCGAGGAUUUUACGGGCUGGAGCACUCAUUGACUCUUGAUGUGCUCAUCCGAUACCCAUGUGUGAAAGAGGAUGACAUAGCUCUGCUUCUGAAGUUUGACAAGAAACAGCUUCGGGCAGUCCUCAACACCCUGAAGGCAGAUAAAUUUGUCAAGUGUCGCAUGCGUGUUGAAACUGGACCAAAUGGGAAAAGCACCAAACACAAUUACUAUUAUAUUAAUUAUAAAGUUUUGGUGGAUGUCGUAAAGUAUAAACUGGACCACAUCCGUCGUAAAAUAGAAUCUGAUGAAAGAGAUUCCACCACUAGAGCUUCUUUCAAAUGUCCUGGAUGUCUUAACACCUACUCUGAUCUGGAAGUCAACCAACUCUUUGAUCCAUUUUCAGGUACUUUAUGUAACUGUGCUUUCCAAACUCUCUCUAUAAGCGCAACAAAUUUGUAACACUAAACCUUUUUAUUUAUUUUUAUUUAGCCAUAUGCAGUGGUUAUGGUGCCAGACGUAUCCAGGCACCCUCUAGUGUAACUUUGGCAAACUAUUUUAGAAUAGUGGGACUCUCCAACCGCUGCAGUUUUAGACCUUGCUUCUGGAUUCUCCAUUCCUCCAGCUAAGCGAUUUAAGCCAAUGAGUGGACUGUAGUGGUUAUGGUACUCGAUGUUUCCUUUAACCGUAAACCCUUUUUUUAUUACAUUAAAAAGGCAAAGCAUAUCAAAUAGAUACUUUACAUAAAUAUUUCUUUCAAUGUAUAAUGCGUCAUGAGGAGACUCAGCCCAUAAACCUCUGCACAUGGGUAUCUCUCGAACCACAUUUCCACUCAUUCCUGCCCUAUUAAUAUAUAGCAAGCUACACCAUACGAAACUGAAAAAUUCCACUAUAUAUUAGGGAUCGAAUAUAGGGAUUUGUUGUGUGAGGAUGCUGUGUGUGUAAAUAUGUUUGUAGGUCAUGUGUGUUUGGGGGGAGAUAGAUUAAUGUUACUAUAUUUUUAUUUCAAUUUAAAAAGUAUCCCCCCUCACUUCUUUCCUUUUUCCUGGGGGGAGGAUACACUGUGCUGCCAUCCUUGGUGGUCCUAGCCUGCAGAGAUCGAGGCAUUGCCAUGGUAACCGCUGUAACACUCCGAUCUCGCGAAAGGAUCCCAACGGAAUUCAAGCCAGAGCUCCCCGGGUCCUCUCUACCUCCCUCCCCAGGCGGUGACCGCCUGUCAGUGCCUGUGGGAUGGUGAGGGAGAUCUUUGAUCUCCCCAGCAGCCCACGAAGGCACAAUGCAGGGCUGGCACUCGGAUAGCGCCGGCUCUGCAUGGGCCAACAGGGGAGAUCUUUUGAUCUACUUUGUUGGCCUUGGCGACUGGCCAUCGCGGCCUACCGGGCCUGACUGGCGGUACAGCUACACCGGGGCAUGCACGGUUAGGGGUCCCAUUAGGUGGCCCAUUUCACUUGCUGUACUGGGGCCUGGUAAGGGGUAGCGGCCCUUUAAGAGUGCAACUGGACCCCUGUGGCAUUGGCCGACUAGGAGGAUGUGACAGACGAUCACUUCAUCCCAUUUUCAUGCAGAGAGAGCUAUGUGGGAGGAAGAGGAGGCAGCUGCACUGGCAGAUUCAGCAUGAGGGGAGAGGAGCAUGAGAGUGAGUUGCUCAAGACCCGUCACUCCCACUAGGACCACAAGCAAGCCGCCCUCCUGCACACAAAAGGUAAGCUAACAAGGGUGGAGGUUGGAUGCAGAUAUAAAAAAAAAAAAUCAUGUGUGUGUUUGUCAGUGUGUAUCUGUCAUGGUGUGUGCAUGUGUCAGUGUUUUGUGUGUAUGUCUGGAUUUGCUUCUGUGUGUGCAUGUAUUUGUGUGUAUGUGUUAGUGUAUUGAUAUCUGUCUGUGUGUUGACACACACUCAUCAACCCUGUGUGGUGAAUGCAGAGUGUGUGUUGUACUAGGGUAUGCAUGAUUUGUAAAUGGAGCAUUUCCCCGCCCCACAAUCUGUUACUCGCCCCCCCCCCCUCCCUGCUUCUUACCUGGUCCUGGGAGGGGGGAGAUUCCAUCCUGGUGGUCCGGUGGCAUUGUGGGGCCCCCCGGCUCCCUAUACUUGAAGAGGGGGCCCAGCAGACUGCAGCUCUUCCCUCUCUCUAACUCCCGCGAGACGUGCGGCCAUCAGAGCGUUGCCACGGGAUAUAUAUAUAUAUAUUGCGAGGGCUUGCACUCCUGGUGUAAUCCUGUGGUGCCCGGUGCUGGUCUGGCAAGAAUCAUGUAGACAUAGCAGAAAUGACCGCACUCCAAGGACUUUAUAGAGAUUUUCAAAUAAAAUUUAAGUUUUAUUCAAUCCAUUUAAAAAGGCAACAUUUCAGCUCCCACAUGGAGCUUUCAUCAGGACAAAACAUAACGUGAAAAUCUCUUAAGUCCUUGGAGUGCGGUCAUUUCUGCUGUGUGUGUGUGUGUGUGUGUGUAUAUACACUGCUCAAAAAGAUAAAGGGAACACAUCCUAGAUCUGAAUGAAUUAAAUAUUCUUCUGAAAUACUUUGUUCUUUACAUAGUUGAAUGUGCUGACAACAAAAUCACACAAAAAUAAAAAAAUGGAAAUCAAAUUUUUCAACCCAUGGAGGUCUGGAUUUGGAGUCACUCUCAAAAUUAAAGUGGAAAAACACACUACAGGCUGAUCCAACUUUGAUGCAAUGUCAUUAAAACAAGUCAAAAUGAGGCUCAGUAGUGCGUGUGGCCUCCACGUGCCUGUAUGACCUCCCUAUAAUGCUUGUGCAUGCUCCUGAUGAGGUGGUGGAUGGUCUCCUGAGGGAUCUCCUCCCAGACCUGGACUAAAGCAUCUGCCAACUCCUGGAUAGUCUGUGGUGCAACGUGACGUUGGUGGAUGGAGCGAGACAUGAUGUUCCAGAUGUGCUCAAUUGGAUUCAGGUCUGGGGAAUGGGCAGGCCAGUCCAUAGCACCAAUGCCUUCGUUUUGCAGUGAAACCGUGGCUGGUUCCCUUAUUUACCACUAUAAUGUCUCUUGACACGUCACUGACAGAUACAGCAAAUCUUCUUGCCACAGCUCGCAUUGAUGUGCACUACCUGAGCCACUUGUGUGGGUUGUAGACUUCGUCUCAUGUUACCACUAGAGUGAAAGCACCACCAGCAGGGCCGUAUUAACAUAGGGGCUGAUGGAGCUGCAGCUCCAGGCCAAGGCCCAUGGAAUAGGCCCAUUAAAAAAAAAAUAAAAAAAAAUUGAAGAAAUACUAUUUUUUUUUUUUUUUCUUCUUCUUCACACUACUCUUAGGUUUGCCACCUGACUGGUAUUUUACUGACACAGCCGGUAUUUGAGGCUGCCUGGCCAUGCCGGUAUUGCAGUAAUACCGGCAAUACAGAUGCAGGUAUUUUUCUCAAUAUAAACGGAGAUUACUCUGCAAUACCAGCACCGGCCAGUAGAGGUCACUGUGUGUGGAGAGGCGCAGGGAUAGGAAGUUACAGCAUAUCCCUGCCUCUCUCUACUACUCACUCAUCCAUGGGGGAGCAGCUACACAGCACAGAGAGUCCAGACAGCAGCUCUAAAGCUCAGGUAAGUGAGGGAUUGUGGGAAAGGCAGCAGGGAGACCUGGGGACACUGUUCCAUGUCUCCUAGUGUCCCCAUGUCCCCCAGUGUCCCUAGUGGCUCAGUGUCCACACGGCUCCCAGUUUCCCGUGGUCUCCCAGUGUCUGUGUCCCUAGUGACUGAAAGUGCCCAUGUCUCAGUGUCCCCAAGUGACUGUCUUCCAGCCAGUGUCCCCAUGUCUUCCAGUGUCCCCUAGUCUUCCAGUGUCUGUGUUCCCAUGUCUUUUAGUGUCUUAGUGUCGGUGUCCCUAGUUUCUCAGUGUUCCCAUUUCUCCCAGUGUCCCCAUGUCUGUAUUCACAAGUGCCCCCAUGUCUCUCAGUGCCCCUGUGUCUCCCAGUGUUCCAGGUCUGUGUCCCCAUGUCUCACUGUGUCCCCUAGUAUCCUAGUGACAUGGGGACACACUGAGACAUGGGGACACUGGGAGACUAGGGUCUGGGCGAAAUGGGGACACUGUGAUACAUGGGGACACACUGAGAAAUGGGGAGACUUGUGAGACUAAGACACUGGGAGACAGGGAGACACUGGGAGCAAUUCAUCUAUACAACAGACUCAAACUGUGAGUAGUUUGUUGGUGAUUUUACAGAAUUUUCUCUUAUGUCACUCAUGUGAUGUCACUCAUAACUAAUUAUACAAAGGCUGGUAUUUUUUUCCAAGAAAGUUGGCAACCCUAACUACUCUUCACAUACUCUUGCUUAAAGGAACUCUAUACGGUCAGGAAUACAAUCAUGUAUUUCUGACCCUAUUAUGUAAAAACCACCUUCUAGCCCCCCUGGCCUUCUCUUGCCUCCAUAAAUAUAGUAAAAUCUUACUUGUUUUCGAGUCUGCAGCUGCUGGCUCUGCCUCUGAACUGACUCUGUCUGCUGACAUAAUCAGAAGUGGUGGUCUGAACAAAUUACAAUGCUUCCCCAUAGGAUUGGCUGAGACUGUAAACAAGGAAGAUCAGGGGCAGAGCCAGCACAAGUCAAACAUAGCCCUGGCCAAUCAGCAUCUCAUCAUAAAGACUGAAUCAAUGCAUCUCUAUGAGGAAAGUUCAGUGUCUGCAUGCAGAGGGUGGAGACACUGAAUGGCAGUGCUGCACACUAGGCAGUACUGCCCCAGGAAGCAUCUCUAGCAGCCAUCUAAGGAGUGACCAGUUGAGUUAUUUUCUCUGAAAAGACCGUGUUUACUGCAAAAAGCAUGAAGGGAAUGAUUCUAUACUUACCAGAACAAAUACAAUAAGCUGUAUUUGUUCUGGGGACUAUAGUGUCCCUUUAAGUUUGGAAGCUUAAGAGGGAUGUAUGGCAACAAAACUUGUGUGGACUGGCUGACAAUAGAAUUCGUUUAGGUUAUGCAGACUUUAGUUUCUCUAACACUGUGGCAUGUCCCCUUUCUUCUACACUCAAUACAUACACUACACUCACUACAUACACCUUUACUCUGUCCCAGACUAUAUACCAGGAACUUCUGCCUGCUAGUAAGACGAUAAGGAGACAAGUGGACAUGUGAGUGCUAGGGGACAGUCCUUAGAAAGCGUGGAGUAGGAGCAUCAUUUGAUGCAUUUAUGUCAAGUUCAGGGUGCUGCCUGCAUAGUAUGCCCUUAGUUGGACAGCCUGCAUGAUUGACAGGCAGCCUGACAUGCAUUCGUGCCAGGCUGGCCUUCCAAUUCGUUUGACAAACAUGCCCCCUUUUUUGGCAUGUUCACCCCUUUUGGCAGAUCUGGUCACGUGAUUGGCGUCAGUGGCACACCCUUUUACCCUGCUCAUUGACUCCCUGCUUCACUGGACACUGCUGUUAGGAGGUAUGGAUUUACUUGAAAGAUGAAAGCAAAAAUUAGAGAGAGAUUAGCAUAGAGUAUGUGUUUUCGUACAGCUGCAUCCUUUCCCUCCAACACCAUCUCCAUCAGAUACACGACGCUUUGGAGGUAUGGUUGUUUCAGUGUUUUUGGUCGAUAAGAUUCUGUAAUUAGGCCCAUCAUAAAUGUCCGCUCCAGGCCCACUGGGCUCUUAAUCUGGCCUGACUGCCAGCAUUCAAAAGUGACCAAAACAUCAUCAAGGAAGCAUAGGAACUGAGAAGUGGUCUGUGGUCACCACCUCCAGAACAACUCCUUUAUUGGGGGUGUCUUGCUAAUUGCCUAUAAUUUCCACCUGUUGUCUAUCCCAUUUGCACAACAGCAUGUGAAAUUGAUUGUCACUCAGUGUUGCUUCCUAAGUGGACAGUUUGAUUUCACAGAAGUGUGAUUGACUUGGAGUUACAUUGUGUUGUUUAAGUGUCCCUUUAUUGUUUUGAGCUGUGUGUGUGUGUGUGUGUAUAUGUAUAUGUGUGUGUGUGUGUGUGUGUGUGUGUAUAUGUAUAUGUGUGUGUGUGUGUGUGUGUGUGUGUGUGUAUGUAUAUGUGUGUGUGUGUGUGUAUAUAUAUAUAUAUAUAUAUAUAUAUAUAUAUAUAUAUUCUCUAUCGAUCAUCGCUAUAUAAAUGUGCAGAGAGGGAAUGUGGGGCCCAGGACUGCCAAAGCAGUCCGGGCCCCCCAGGACAGCCGGGCCCGUGACAACCGUCAUGGUUGUCACCCCCUGAUGGCGGCCCUGAGUAGACAAUUUCAACAAGUUGUGUUCUCCAACUUUUUUACAUUUUACAAUUACACGAUUGUUCACUAGUGAGGAUUGUUGGGAAUUCAGAAUGAAAUCAAAGUGAAUUUCCAGAUUUAGAUUUAGACCAGAAGUAAACUGUAAGCAUAGCUGUAUUGGGAUACAAAUACAAACCAAAAUGUUGGUAUGGAUUAUGUAAACAAGUAGUCAGAGAACAAAGAAUGCUUACAUUAGACACCACUGACAUCUAGUGGUAACACAAAUGCAUAGCACACCCUUUUAGCAGAAGAUCAACACAUUGGAUUGCUAGAUGCUUCUAUUUAGAUUUGUCUAAAAUAUUACAUUGAGCAGUUUGUCCAAAUCAAAUUCCUUUUAAUCCACAACCGAACAUAACUAUUCAAUCCAAUCUAUUAAAUACGUGUAGAUUCUCAUUCUAAAACUCCACUCUCUCCUCUCAACAAGACAUCAUGGCACCUCCUACAUUUAAACGCAGCAAGAAUUCCCAAUUACAACCCUGGCACACCAAGCUGACCCGAGCUCUCCAAAAAUGUUCCAGAACUGCUGAACGCUGUUGGACAAAGUCUCAUUUUGCACCUGACCUCAUCCACUGUACAUCUAUGCUGCGCUCCUACACUCUGGCUCUUUCCUCUGCAAAAGUAAAUUACUUCAACACCCUCAUAAGCACACUGUGCCGCCAAACCUAACAACUAUUUCACACUUUUAAUGCUCUCCUUUGCUCUGUUGCUCCCCCUCCCUCCUACCACCCUGUCCACCUCAAACUUUGCAACUCACUUCACUGAGAAGAUUUCUACAAUCAGGGAAGAGAUCUCUAAUCUCUCUCCCUCCCCUUCCACUACAUCACCCAACCCCACUUACUCCACUGUUCUAUGCUCAUUCGCACCUACUACAACAAAAGAGGUUUCCACUCUACUGCGGCCCUCCUGCCCCACCACCUGUUCCCUCAAUCCUAUUCCCUCAUAUCUCAUCCGCAUUCUGUCUCCCUCUCUCGCUCUUCCUCUCACUAAAGUUUUCAAUCCCUCCCUUUCCUCCGGCACAUUUCCUUCACCCUACAAGCAUGCAACCAUAACGCCAAUUCUGAAAAAGCCCAACCUAGACCCCAACUACCGCCCUAUAUUGCUUUUGCUGUUUGCCUCCAAGAUCCUUGAGAGGUGUGUAUGCGAGAUUGACAGACUUUCUCGAAUCCAACUCUCUGCUUGACCCGCUUCAUUCUGGAUUCCGCGCUUGUCAAUCUGUUGAAACAACUGUGACCAAAGCAUCCAACGAUUUAAUCGAUGCUAAAUCUUGCGGCCAUUACUCUAUCCUAAUUUUCCUUGAUGUUUCUGCUGACUCUGUACUGUUGAUCAUCAACAGCUUCUUCUCAUUCUCCAUAAUCUCGGUCUACGAGAUACUGCUGUAUCCUGGUGCUCCUCCUACCUCUCCCAGCUCUUUUUCAGUGUUUCUUUCUCUGGCUCUGUCUCUUCUCCCCACCCCCCCCCCCCCCCCCCCCCCAUGACUCCUCUCCUGCAACUGUCAAAAAUAACCACCUAAGUUCUCAGUGAAUACGUUUCUAGCAACCUUUUUCAUUACCCCUAUUUAUGCCCUUUGUGUCACUAUAACCCACUCCCUCUAGCAUCUAAGCUCAUUGAGCAGGGCCCUUAACCCAUUUGUUUCUGUGCGUCCAUUUGUCUGGUUACAAUUGCAUGUCUGUUAGUCCCCACAUUGUACAGCGCUACGGAAUUUUGCUGGAGCUAUAUAACAUAAUAAAAUAAUAUGUUGAUGGAUAAAUUAGUUUGGAUGUGGAUGAAAACAAAAUUACAUUAGGACAAACUGGUCAAAAUGUUUGCUCAAGUAUACUUCUAUUAAGGCUGUCACUAAUUUUUAUAAUGGGUUGUAAUUUUUAGAGUUUAAUAGUUUUUACAUGAAUUCAUUAACUAUAAAUGUCUGUAAAAGUAUAGUGUAAGUUAUGGAGUAUGCCAUGUCUCUGCUAACACAAAUAACGGUUUGCCUGAAAACUAACGCUAGGUAAUACUGUUUCUACCACAUCACAAAGGGAUACACUAGGCACCAAAUCAACUUUAUCCUAAUGAAGCACUUUGGUGUGUAGAUAAUGUCUCUGAGGUCUCACUGCUCAAUUCACUGCCAUUUAGGAGUUACACCACUUUUGUUUCAGUUUAUACAGCCAUAGCCACAUCUCCAAUGGUUGUGACGCACAAAGCCUCCAUGAAGAAGAAAAAUUUAAAAAAUUGGAUGGUAACUUACUUUAACCCUUUAGUGACCAGACCGUUUUUCAGUUUUCUUACCAUUGAGGACCAGGGUUGUUUUUACAUUUCUGCGGUGUUUGUGUUUAGCUGUAAUUUUCCUCUUACUCAUUUAUUGUACCCACAAAUAUUGUAUACAGUUUUUCUCGCCAUUAAAUGGUCUUUCUAAAGAUACCAUUAUUUUCAUCAGAUCAUAUAAUUUACUAUAAACAAAAUUAUAAAAUAUGAUGACAAUGUUUUUUUUUUGUUUGUUUUUUAAAAACACUUUUUCUGACACUGACCCUCAAAAUCUGUUACACAUCUACAACCGCCAAUAAACACCCAUACUAAAUAGUUUCUAAAUUUUGUCCUGAGUUUAGAAAUACCCAAAGUUAAUGUUCUUAGCUUUUUUUGCAAGUUAUAGGGCUGUACGUACAAGUAGGACAUUGCUGUUUCAAAAUAUAAAUAUUUUUAAAUUUAUCAAUAGUGACACUGUAACACUAUCUGUCAUAAAUCUCUGAAUCACACCUCACAUGUACAUUUUUUUUUUUAAAGUAGAAAACCCAGGGUAUUCAAUAUGGGGUAUGUCCAGUCCGUUUUAGUAGCCACUUAGUCACAAACACUGGCCAAAGUUAGCAUUUAUAUUUGUUUGUGUGUUUAAAAAUGCAAAAAAAAAAUUAUGAACGCUAACUUUGGCCAGUGUUUGUGACUAAGACUAAACAUACCCCAUUUGCAAUACCUUGGAUUGUCUUCUUUUGCCCAUCAUGGGGCUUAUUCUCAUUCUUGGGCUUCCGUACGCUUUUAAAGGCAACAUAACUAAUCUGGCAAAUUUCAAUGUGAAAAUCAAACCUUAUAUUUGACCCUGUAGCUUUCAAAAACAUUAUAAAACCUGUACAUGUAGGGUACUGUUAUACUAGGGAGAAUUCACUGAACACAAAUAUUAGUGUUUCAAAACCGUAAAACAUAUCACAGCGAUGAUGAUAUCAAUGAAAGUGCCCUUUUGUGUGUGAAAAAUGCAAAAAACUUCACUUUCACUGACAAUAUCAUCGCUGUGAUAUAUUUUACUGUUUUGAAACCCUAAUACUUGUGUUCAGUAAAGUCUCCCGAGUAAAAAAGUACCCCCAGAUUGUCAUGGAAAGUUACAGGGCUAAAUACAGUGCUCGCAAAUUAAAUUCUCUGGACUUUUGGCCUGGGUUGUCAGGCAGGUCCCUCAAAUUGUAAUUAAUAAAAUGACUUAAUUAUGUAAAAAUAUUCUAUAAAUAUAUUUGUAGAGUGUGUGUGUAUGUUGUUCGAGUUCCGAUUUGUUCAAGAACCGAAUCAACAUUUCCCAUUGAAAUUAUUGGAAAUUUGAUUAAUCCGUUCCAGACCCCCAAAAUUACAGCAUUAAUAGAUGUUUAGAAAAUGCACUAUGCAUUAUGUAACAGAACAGCCCUAAAUUCUAGCUGUGUUUUCAUAGAACUUAUUUAAGUUUCAAAAACGUUAUCCUUUUUUUUUUUUUUUUUGCACUGCUCUGCUCCCAGAGACUCUCCCCCCCCCCAGGCCUGCCAGCACCCAAAAUCAGAGCUUCCAGCCCUGCCAGCACCCGGGAUCAGACCCCCCCCCCAUGUAGGGCUAAUAGUUUACCAACGAGAUUACCAUAGAGGUGAAUACCAUAGAGGUGAAUGCCGCGUGAUGUGUUCAGUUACUGAGAAUCGCUCGUGUAUCAAGACUUUUUUUUUUUUUUGAUUUAAAUAUAUGUAUAUUUAUUAUCAAAAUAAACCGGUAUAUAAUUUUUAAAAUUAUUUAUUUUUAGUUUAUAUUUAUAUUAAAAUGCACUUAGAAUAAUUGUGUGUGUGUGCGCAUAUAAAAGUAAUAUAUAUUUAUAUUGUACUUUUAUUUACUCACAUUCCGACAUGGCCCGGGGGGGCCAGCUCAGCCGCAGGGGGAAUGCCUGGGAUGCCAGGCAAGUCCCCACAUCGCGGGCGGGGGAUCGCUAGCGAGCAGGUAAGUGCCUAUUUGUGAUCGGACGUACCCGGUACGUCCGCGGUCGUUAACAACCGUUUUUGUGCAGACUGUGCAAUAAAGGGAGUGUAAACAUUAGGUGCUUCUUUACAGGAGGCGUGUCAGAAGGCUGUGUAAGUCACAUGCAGGGAGGUGUGACUAGGGCUGCAUUAACAAAGUGGUUUAACUCCUAAACGGCAGUGGAUUGCAGUGGCAUGAUCUAUAAAUAUUCCCCUCCCUAAUUUGCCUUAUGCCAUAAAAAUCUUAAAAAAUUAAAGCUCUUUAGUACAGUUUGCAUUUUCCAGUGAGACUACAGGGACAUGAUCUAUACACCAAAACUGCUUUUUUAAGCUAAAGUUGUUUUGGUGACUAUAGAUCUGUUUACAAAUAAACAAAAUUCUCACAAUUCAAAUAAUAUGCACAUAGUGAAUAUCUGCAUAAACUAUAUUGCAAAUGUUCCAGGUAGCCUUAUUUUAGAAUUGCUAUGGUAUGUUACUGCAAAACAGUAGCAGAAAUCUCAAUCUCUGCUAUAUUUCUGUAGCAAACUAAAUUCCAUGUGUGGUGGACAUAGCAUCUUUCAAGCAGUAAUUAUAACUUAUUUAGAAUCUUCUUAUAGUUAACAUUCUGACGUCCAUACUGCUCUCUACUCUUCCUUUCCUACCUAGGCGUAAGAUAAAGGAUUAGUUUAGAUGAGGUUGCGCAAAAGAAAAGGAAGAAGGGAAAAAAAAAAAAGGAAAACUAAAUACAUUUAUAUAUAAUGAAAUGGAAAUCCAAUCCCUCUCUAUUAUGAUAGUUAUUGCACCUUGGAAGAUUCAAUAUCUAUUAUAAAAAAAAUAAAAAGGAUAAAAGGAAUUAAGUCAUGAAAAGUUAGUAUAAAAAGACUAUUUUAUUUCAUACAAAUUGUGACAACCUAAAUUAAUUAUAAAUUCAUUAAAUAAGAUACAAUAUAAUGUCCACAUAUUAAACCUUAAAUUAGCAGCAUUAGCAAAAAAGUGGCAUAAGCAAAUAGCAGAAGAUUUAUUGUACAAAGGUCAUAGUAGUAAAAUCCUUAAAAUAUUGAAGGCCAAACUGGUAGAUCUAGCAGUGUAUAUAUGAACACUGGGAUGAUCUUUCCAAUGCUGGGCCUGGGAUCUUCAGGCAGUCUGGUCCAGGUCAGGAUCCCAUCACUGUCUGUAUGAUUCAUCUCCCCUUCCUAUCCUAUGUCACUUCUUCCACUCAGUGUUCUUAUUUUAACCGACAAUCUCACACCUGAGUCACCAAUGUGAGCUGUACAACAGACCUACAGAUUGCUAUACUAAAUAUAGUGUACACAUUCUAAUCAAUAUACGUGGCCUACCCGAGCUGUUGUUCUGAACUGAUUCUCCUGUGUCAACCCAGACACUAGCGCAGGGAAAGGCAACCUUUGGCACUCCAGAUGUUGUGGACUACAUUCCCCAUAAUGCUCUUACAUCCACAAUGCUGGUAAAGCAUCAUGGGAGGUGUAGUCCAAAACAUCUGGAGUGACGAAGGUUGCCUAUGCCUGCACUAGACCAUUGUACAAUUGCAGACGGUAAUUGCUUUUAAGCACUUGAUUUAAAAAUGCCAAAUAUCAGACUUUGCUGAGUGGAACAAUCCAACAACCAUUAGCUUAGCUCUUAUUUGUUUAAAGAAAAAGUAAUUCACUAGUACGCAUUAUACACUAUAUUUUAAUGCAUUGAAAUCCUUAUUACUAAUAUACUCACUGGUUAACCAUUGUCCUCCAAUCAACCGAAUUAUUCCAUUGACAGUAUGGUGCCCUUAUUCAGUGUUGCACCUGUCUCUUGCAAGUAAAUUAAAUGACUAUUUUAUGCAAUAAUGCAUCUAACAUAAAAUAUGCUCUUAGAAAGCCAAUAGUUACAAUUACCUUUUUACCUGUUUAUUCGUAUUUUAUUGAUACCCGUCCUCUGCAGAACUCUUUCGCUGCACGUAUUGCAAUGUUGAAGUUGAAGAAGAUUCAUCGUCUCUUCCCAAAAGAGAUGCCAGAACUUUACUAGCCAAGUUUAAUGAACAGAUAGAACCUAUUUUUGUGCUUCUUCAGGAAACUGAAGACAUUGUUCUUCCGUGUGAGUUACUCGAACCUCAGCCAACUGAUAUUUCAGAACUGACUGGAAGGUAGGUUUUCUGUAUAUCACUAGAAAUUAUAACAUAUGUCACACAUAGUAGUACAUAAUAAAAAAGUGUUUUUUUUGUUUUUUUUUGUUUGUUUUUUUACAUGACUUUGUAUUUUUUUUUUUUUUGUACUUUAUUAUGUGCUCUGACGUGUGACAUAUUUUCAAUAUUGUUUGGGCUCCUGGGGAGGAGAUGCUUUGCAUCACUUAUUCUUGGUUGAUUGUCUGUGUUCCCUCCUUACUAAUAUUUGAUAUCAUCAUUACAAAUAAACAGGUUACUUUGGGCCUAACAUAUCCAUACUGAAUCCUUUUUUCAUGUUACUAGUUUACACUAGUUUUGUCCUAGCAUUGUUUGUUGAUUUUUACCUCCGCCAACUGGCUUCCCCCUCCCCAUCCCCAAUCUAAAAAGGAUUUUUAAUUUUUUUUUUUUUUAAACCUCUGCAGAUAGAUGUAAGAUAUAUUUAGCUAUCCUUUAAUACCAUCUUUAUACAAGUGUUACUGUUGUCUUUAUUUACUAUGCUAGCCUUUAACCCCUUAAGGACACAUGACGGAAAUAUUCCGUCAUGAUUCCCUUUUUAUUCCAGAACUUGUGUCCUUAAUGGGUUAAUAGAUUUAAAAUUUUGCCUUAAUUAUUUUAAUUAAGUUUUGUUGUGUUUUACCCAAAAUUACUUGGUAGCGCAGGCGUUAAUAUUAAAUGUGUCCUCUGAAUUGUACAGUGCUAACCUUGCCCUCAAUUUGUGUUUUUAGCUUUGAGCAGACAUCUAAUGUAUCAAUGCUGGAUCUACAAGGACAAUGUGGUCGAUGGGCUAACAGAAAUUCAUCUAUAGGCAAUCUGUAUGUUCAAAAUGUGACCAUUAAUGUCCGUGAGUCUGAUUUGAAGAAGAAGAGCAAAGAAAAGAAAGUGAAAGAGCAGCCAAUAUGGAUGAAAGAGAGCACUGUGCAAGGUGUCAUAACAGAAGAAAUGAAUACUAUCUUACGUAAGUGGGUUUUUUAAUCAUUCUUGCUGUUGGAAGGUAAAUGGUUUUUGUACUUUUUUUGUUUUUAAUGUAAACUUUUUUUUUUUUUUUUCCUCUGUUCAAAACUGCAAUUACAUCUCACCUUACUGCAGUAUGGUACCAAGUCUACUGAUGAGCUUAGCCUCCCCGCAAUCGACUGAGCGCAAGUCUGUAAAAAUAGUAACAGGUGUGCGCUGCAUCCAUGUUAUACAGUCAGUGUAGUGGGGAGCUACUGUGACUUUGCAAGCUGUCAGAAAAUGGACUAAACGCACGCCUGUUAAAAUAGUAACAGACGUGCAGUUUUCUUUCUGACGGGUUGUUCAGAGGGAAGACUGAGCUCGUCGUUGCCUCUGUGCAUUGAGCUCUGAAAGACAGUGUGGUAAUGGAAAAGCACCACUGGUCCAAGCUGCCCAAUAAAAACACUGAUAAUCAAAGGAAGGGGGCAUGUCUUAACACACUGGUUCUCUCCCUGUGUGUUAAGACUUGCCACUUCCGGUGACUAUUCAAUACAGAUUGGGUAGUGACAAAGGGGCUUGGGGACCCCUAGUCAUGAGGGGAGAGAAUCCUUUUAUUAUUAGCUCCCCACCCAUUGCCAAUAGAUGGAGGCUGGGGGGACAAUGUGUCUACACCCCAUUAUUAUUUAGGGCCCCCACCUGCUGUUUGAGGCAAGAUUAUAUUUUCAUCCCAGGAAUGACAAUACUUUGCUGACCUUGGCAACUGCUGAUUGGCAUUAUAUAUCGUUGCCCAGUUUGUUGUCUAACCAAUUCUCAAAUCCUUUUCAUGUGUUAUUUAAUUCACUACCAUUUUAGGGUAAAUUGCUUGUGCAUUCUAUACCAUGAAGUGCAUAACUUUGCAUUUAUUUACAUUAAACUUAAUCUGCCAUUUGAGUGCCCAGUUCCCCAAUCUAUCUAAAUCCCCUCUGCAGCAAAGUACAUUUCUCUUAGUUUGAACACUAGAAUUUUUUUUGGAACCGUAUCUAAUGCCUUGGCAAAAUCAAAGCAGAUGGCAUCCACUGCAACACCCCGAUCUAUACUUCUACCUACUUGUUCGUAGUAUGCAAUAAAGUUAGAUUGGCAUGUUCUUCUCAAUGAAUUCCUGGAAAGUAUUUCUUAAUAACCUUUCAAAUACUUUUUAUUUCUUUUUUUUGGGCCACUGAAGUUAAAGGAACACCAUAGUUGCCUAUGCAGUCUCACUGCUCAAUUCACUGCCAUUUAGUAGUUAAAUCACUAUUUUUUUUUUUCUUUUCUGUCCAUGCAGUCCUAGCCACACCUCCCCUGGCUGUGACUCAGCCUGCAUAGAAAAAAAAUGUUUAAUUUGCAAUCAGAUGUUAACUUACUUUAGAAGCUUUUAUAUCUUGCUCUGUAAAUUUAAGUUCAAUCACAUACAGGGGGCUCAUUCAGGCUCUAACAAGCUAUUACCAGAGCAAUAUAUGAGAAUUCUACAUUAAUCAGAAUUUGUAAUAAAGGAUGUGUAAACAUUAGAUCUCACUUUGCCAGAAGUGUUUAGAAAGGCUGUGUAAGUCACAUGUGACUAGGGCUGCAUAGACAGUGAUUUAACUCCUAAAUGGCAGAGAAUUAAGCAGUGAGACUGCAGGGGCAUGAUCUAUGCACCAAAACCACUCGCUUAAGCUAAGCUGUUUUGGUACAUAUAGUAUCCCUUAAACUGUUGGCUAGAUACAAAUCCUAAUGGAAUUUCAGGAGCUGUAGCCUGGCUGAUAUAGACCCACUACAGCUUCAACACCUAGCAAUCACUUACCCCUUCGACCUAGCAAACACAGAAAUAAGAUACCUAGGAACCCACAUCCCGAAAGACCUCACGCAAACAUACAAGCACAACUACACCCCACUACUACAACAAGCGGCACAAGACUUACAAACAUGGGCAGGUCUCUCGAUAUCAUGGCUGGGCAGACUAGCGUCAGUCAAAACGAACCUACUCCCUAGAUUCCUUUAUUUAUUUCAAGCCCUACCCAUACCACUCAAGGCAACUGAUUUCAAGACUCUACAAUCCCAAACCGACCGCUUCAUAUGGGCCAAAAAAAAAAAAAAAAAAAAAGCUAGGAUCAAAAGAGCAACGCUAUACAUACCAAACAGAGCAGGUGGACUGGGCCUCCUGCACUACUACCACGCCGCACAACUAGCCCAGGUACAACACCUAAACGCUCCAUAUGGUAUCAAGAGAGAUGGGUAGACCUGGAACACACCAUAUUUGGUAGGGACUUCCCAUCCCUCUACAUUUGGCUACCCAACAAGCAAGGCCACAAACACCCACCACCACUCCAGCACUAACAAACUCCAUCAAAAUAUGGGACAAGCUUGCAAACAAAAGCUCCAUGACCUCAACCCCCUCACACCAAUCCUCCGCAACACACAGUUCAUCCCUGGCAUGACACCCCAACACUUCUCCAGAUUCUAAGAUAACGACCUCCUUCGCUUCUACCAAUUCUACCGAAACUGAACACUUCUAUCUUUCCCCGACCUACCCCAACAAACACAGCUGACCACAUUCGAUCCCUUCCGCUACAUUCAAAUUCGACAUAUGGGAGGCCACAGCAUCAGUCUCCAUAUGUGUAAAUCAUAGGGAACAAGCAUAUAAGACACUAAUGCGCUGGUACCUUACCCCUCUCCGGCUCAAACAAAUGGGCAUCACCAACACCAAUCUAUGUUGGAAACAAUGCAUAGAAACAGGCACAUACAUCCAUGUUUGGUGGGAAUGCCCCCAAAUAGCACCACUUUGGCUCCAAAUCACACAACUGACAUCCAAAGUACUACACACCAAAAUCCCAUUAGACCCCUGAGAGGACAUGGCUCCUCUCAAAACCUCUAGAAAACACCUCCAGAUGCCAAAACAAGCAGAUAGCUAAAAUUGCCCUGGCGACUAGGAGGGCAAACCAGAAGUGCCAUCACUACAAACAGUGAAACGCAAAAUAGAAGAAACCAGGAAAAUUGACAAAUUAUCCGCAAUAGUACAUGACUCCACAAACACUUUCAACAAAAUCUGGGACCCAUGGUUUUACGAGUUUCCACUACCAACAUCCAACCCUUGACACAAUAAAGUCGACCGCCACCUCAACCCCUCUGACCACACCCCAACAGAAACAAACACACACACCCAUACACUCCACCAAAAAACCCCACCAAGCCCCAACCCAAACCCACAGCUCCCCCUACACACCCCCCAAACCUCCCAGCUUUACUACUAUUAUCCCACACCCACCACUCCCUCAUACCUCCCACACCCGGCACUCAAUUUUCUACCCCCCAAGAAACAGUCCGGCACUAACCCAAUCCAAAACACACCACAUAACCCAUCUCCUCACACACACGUUACAGUCACUCAACCCACGCCAGGCAAGGUAAAUCCGGCCCAUCAAAGACGAAUACACCGGAAACAAUAAACAUGCACAUCCACACCACAACGACAAAAUCCAGCACAAGCCUACACAAAGACCUGAGACCCGCAAACCAGAAAGCCACACCCACUGCACAAUAAUCUAACACAACACUCAGACAAAAGCUCAACUUCACACUGACCUGCCGCAAACCUCUACCACCCAUUAUUCUCGGAACACAAUACCACACCCCCAUUUUCCCACACCCAAAACCCUCAACCCCCCCGCAACACAAAUUCUCUAGCAAGAGAAACACCUGAGACACGCAUAACGCGACGCAAGAAGAUACGUAACCUCCCCCCCACCUUCACAAACCCUCCCAUCUCCCUGACCCAACUGCAGUUUAGAUCUCUAGACGCUAAGAGUACUGUUAUAGAUGCAUCAUCUCUUAUCAUACCCAACGAUUCACUUGGUACCCAAACUCCCAGGCUACCACGAAAGACAUACCUUGAAACGCUCAUCAUACAGACCUACACGAACAACGGCAAACUCAAGGAACGCAAAUGUUAAUCUUGAAACCAAAUGAAACUGUACUCUGUUUGAAAUGUAACCAAUGCACGAAAAAAAAACCCCAACACUAUAAAUAAAGAACUUACAAAAAAUAAUAAAGCAUUUACAAAAAGAAAAGCAUUCGACAAGGUACCCUACCCCCCACCUUUUGUUUCUGUAUCCCACCCCAUACCCAAGUCUAAAUAAGAUUGAUCGUUGAUAAGAAGGUAAUAAGUGUUUACUGGCAACUGAUAUAUGCUGAAACUAACGACUAAUACACGGAUCUGUAAUGUUUGACUGCCAUAAAACAGCACAUGGAAAUUCUGCAAACACUGUACCACAAGCUCUAACUUCCUUUUUUCUUUUCUGUACCCCCACCCCAUAAAACAAAAAAUCUCUCAAAAUAAAGAAUUUACAAAAAAAAUUGCAAAAACAACCCUCUAAAACGUUUUUUUUUUUUUUUUGUAAAUUCUUUAUUUGUCGUCCAUGUGAGUACAAUAUACAUACAUACACCAAAACAGUGCACAUGGGCAUAGAAAUAAGAUGAACAAUUUGAAUAACGAUACAAAUAAUGAGCAUUGGUAUCUUUCGGUUACGUAACAUUUGCAAAUGUCAUAACAGCAAUCAUUGAGAUGCAGGUAGGUUGAACAGCUGUAGGUGAGUGUGCAUUUCUGAAGCUGAAGCCAUAGCAAUAAUGACAAGCUAGUUAGUUAGAAACGGGCAGCUACAUUCUACCAAACUUUAAAAUUCUGCUGUAGAUUUAAGCUUACUGGUCUGACGAAAAAGAUGGGGUAAUAGGUGUAUUACUAAAAAUAUUUGACACUUGUAGCAGGGGAGCAAUUGCGUCAAUGAGUAAUGAUAGUUGGCACAUAGGUUAUGGAACCUAGUAUAGUGAAUGAUUUGCUUUAUUAAUUCUAUUGUAAUGGAAUCCGUAAUUCGGGUUCCAGUUCCUCACAUGUUGCUGUUGCGACAGUGAUUCCCUUAAUCCUAAUGUUAGCCAGGAAUCUCUUAGAGAAAGCUGCCUCGGGGGAGGAUUGCGUAAGAAACGUUGGCUUGACUGGCUCUAAAACGUUUUAAAUUACAAUAAAUUCCUGUAAAAAAAUAAAUAAAUAAAAAAUAAAUUAAAAAAAUUAAAAAAAUAAAAAUAAAAAGUGUAGGAACACUGAAAUCAGAGAUUAGUGUAUUUUAGUCCAGAAAAAAUUAGAAAGUUUAAAUAACUUUUUUUCCAGUAUAUAUAUUAAGGAGAAUCCUAUGGCAAGAGAUAUGCAAAUGAUUGCCUGCAGAGAAAUGGUUAUUGGAUUAUGCAAAACAAAGUGCUACGGCAUCUAAAUAAAGUAAGUGUAAACAAAAUAAGUACUUAAGGGGCCAAGUGUGAAAAUAAGCGAACCUCUGUUUUUAAUCAAUCAUUCAGGAUUCUUUUGUUUCAGGAAUUAUACUGGGAGGAUUGGAGGAAGGCAGAUAUGGUUCCUAUAUUCAAAAAGGGUUCAAAAUCCUUGCCUGGAAAUUAUAGACCUGUGAGCUUAAAUGGACUCUAUAGUCACCAAAACAUGAUUUAUACACCAAAAAAAGAAGCAGUUUUGGUGUAUAGAUCAUACCCCUCAACCUGCAAGGGCUUCUGUUUUAUCUAUGUUUAGUUUGUAACCCGAAAUGGUUGCGUAGUCCUGUAUGGCUUUCAGGAGUGGUGGCAUGGAGUUAAUGGGGUCAGUGAUAGUCAGUAAUACAUCAUCAGCGUAGGCUGUUGCCUUAUAUUCUUCUGCUUUGAUUGUAAGUCCUGAAAUGGCUUUGUUUUGUCUGAGCAUUUGUAGGAGGGGCUCUAGUGAGAGGGCAAAAAGGAUAGGGGAUAGGGGAUAGGGGGCAGCCCUGUGGUGUGCCGUUGUGUAUAGUGAAUGAUGAUGGGUGGGUGAGUGGUAUCAAGAGGUUGGCUGUGGGGGAAGUGUAAAGUGUCUGUAGAGCAUUUAAGAAGGGUUGGGGGAAUUUAAAUUUGUGGAGUGUUGCCAAUAGAAAUGGCCAGAGCAGGCGAUCGAAUGCUUUUUCUGCAUCGAGCGACAAUAUCAGGGUGGGGAUCUUUUUAUGUGUUGCAUACCAUAUAAGGUAGGUGCGUCUGAUUAUUGUCGCAGGCCUGUCUGUUGGGGCUGAAGCCUACGUGAUCUGGGUGGAUUAGUUUAAGGGUUUAAGCGAUUGGCCAGAAUUUUUGUAAGCAAUUUGAUGUCCACAUUUAGUGGUGAGAUGGGGCGGUAGUGGCCAGGGUCUAGGAGUGUUUUAUGUGGCUUUGGGAGAAGGCAGAUAUUUGCUUGUAGCAUGUCUGUCAGCAGUGGGUCCCCGGUUAGUAUUGAGUUGAACAAUUUGCAUAGGUGUGGAGUGAGUGUGUUCGUGAAUGAUUUGUAGUAUAGUCCAAGGUAUCCGUCUGGGCCUGGGCAUUUGUUUGGUUUGUGGUUCUUGAUGGCUUUUGCCACUUCCUCUUUGGUGAUUGGGGCAGCUAUUUGGUCUGCUGCUGAUUGAUUGAGGGCUGGUAGUGUGGUGGAGGACAAGUAUCAGUUCGUCAGAUCUCUGAGGGCGUUCGGUUCUAGGAGUGCUUGUCUGUUGUGAUCAUAGAGGUCCGCGAAGUAUGAUUGGAAGACUCCCGCUAUCUGGUCCGGUAGGUCUUUUAUUUGUCCGUCCGGGGCUGCGAUUUUGUCGAUGUGUUUGUGUGCGGUGCGUUGGCGUAAUCUGCGAGCUAGUAGUGUGUCUGCUUUGUUAGAUUUUUCAUAAAAAAGCUGUCUGGUCCAUUGGAGGGCCUUAAUUGCGUCUUGCGCCAUGAAUUCUUUUAGUUCUGUUUGGCGAGCCAUGAUUUGUGUUAUUAUAUUUGGGGUUGAGCUUUCUUUAAAUUGGAUCUCUAGUGUUCUUAGGCGUUUGAGUAUAUGUUCGUUGUUUUUUUUUUUUUUUUUUUUUUGGUUCAAGGCAAGGUUUAUGAGCACCGUUUUGUGUGCUGCCCAUAGUAUCCUUUCGGAUUGUACAGAUGGUGCGUUUAUCGUGAAAUAUUCAGAUAUCGCGUUUUGGACGGUUUCUACGUUGACCGGGUUGUGCAGCAGUGUGGGGUUCAGUCGCCAUGUCCAAGGUCGCGCUAUGUUUGGUAGGUUUAUUUUUAGGGUGAUAUCUGCGUGGUCUGACCACGUUAUGGAGCCUAUGUUCGAAGUUUUGAUGUAUUCUGUGAGGGAAGGGGAAAUGAGGAACAUGUCUAUUCUGGAGUGGGAGUGGUGAGGAUGCGAGUAAAAAGUAUAAUCUUUUGUUGCGGGGUGUUGGACUCUCCAGAUGUCUAGUAAAUUGGAGUCAUUUGUGAAGGCGAGUAGUAGUUUAUCUGCUUUGACUGUCGGUGGUUGGUUGCGUGUGGGUGGUCCUUUGCGGUGUCUAUCUUGGGUUGGAUGCAUUGUGGCGUUGAAGUCGCCACCUACAAUUAGGUGGUGUGAAGGGAAAAGUUUUAGGUGGGCCUGCAUGGUGUGCCAAAACGGUUUGUUCGGGUGACUAGGUGUGUAUAUAGAUGUGAACGCGUAUUUUUGAGGCCCUAUGCAUCCCGCUAUUGUUAGAUAUCUUCCCUGCGGGUCUACGUGUGUUUGUGUGAUGUGUAGGGGGCAUGAUUUUCGAAGCAUAAUCGCCACUCCAUUUUGUUUGCCUGUUGGGGAGUUUGCUGUGUAGUAUUUGUUGUAGUGUCGGCUCAGGAGAGGGAGUGGUUUCUUUUGGGCGAAGUGGGUUUCUUGGAUGAGGAGUAUAUCUGCUUGUGAUCUGUUGGCCCAGCGUAAAAAUUGGUGUCGUUUAGAAGGGUUGUUCAGACUUUUGCAAUUAAUCAAUAGACAUGUUAGGGUGCUGGUUUUGGAGGGUGUGUUAAGUCAUGGGCACUGGGGUCUUUUUAAUGGCUGUUGGAGUGUUUGUCUGGGCCAUUGUGAGGUGUGAUGCGUGAAGGCAGGAGUCUGGGGGAAUAGAUUUUUAGUGAUGUGGGGGAGCUGGUUUGGAGGUGGCCUCUGAGGGAGGGGGGGUUGCUUGGGUAGGGAGUGGGGGGGGGAGGUUGGAGACAAAGAAAAUAGAGAGGAGCAGGGGUGUUUGGGUUGUAGGGGUAUCCCUGGUCUUACCUAGAGUUUGCCAGGUGUUGCAUGGGCGGAGAAUAGUUGGAUUUAGGUUUGCGGAGAGAAAUGUGAUAUGUAUGGUUGUGCCAGAAGGCUGCUAGUUAGUAUAAUUGUGAGUAGUGGGGUAUGUGUGGUGUUCUUGUACAGUCGUUGGGGGAAGUGGGCCCUGGGGGUGUUGUGCAAUCCUCGGUUGUUGUAGCUUCUUUUGUAGUUAUAGUGUUUAUACCUCUGGGGGUGAAAGUCAAAGGGGAUCCCUUGGUUGGGGUGUGUGGAGGGGGGUUGAGUUGUGGUUAAGCGAGGGGUGUCUGGUUACGUAGGUUUUGUGUGCCCGAAUGGGCCUUCUAGGCAGGUAGUGAGGGUGAGGCCUGGUGAUCAGACUGGUUUUGUAGUAGCUAGGGCGUGGGAUGUGUGGGUGAGUGUCUCUGUGGUUGUUUUGCUGUUGUAUGUUAUUGCGGUUGUAGCCGGCCUCCAUGCCCUUUGGGUGGUGGUGGUGGGCCUGGGCGGUGAGGCUGUUGGGGUACUUGGCGUGUCCUGGCUCAUUAGUAUUUUGGUGCUCUUGGUGCUGUGAUGGUUGGGGAUAUGUCUGGUAUUGGUUAGUAGGGCCUCCAUGUAAGGAGAGUUUGCUAUGUAUGUGUUAGGUUUUGCGGGAUUGGGAGGGUUGUUCUGUUUUACCUUUGUGUAGCAUGGUGAGGCGUAUGGUGGAUUGAGGUGUGCAAUUCGGGUGCAGAUGUCGUUCUCGUGGGAGCCUGGUUAGUAGGCCUGUGCAUGUGUUGACCCGGUCUCCAGAGGUCGAUUUCUCCCAUCUCCCUGAGUUGAUCUGCUGCGAGUAACCAAGACCUCAACAGGAAUAACAAUUUACAUAACAGGCUAAACAUUAAUACAAGUGUAGCAUUUAUGAUAUGCAGGCUUUGUUAAGCGUAGUGGAGCCCCCGUCCCCCGUGACCCCCGGCUGGGAGGGGACCUGCUGAGGUGCUUGGCUUGAGUCAGUGGUAUUAAGGGGCCACUUUAUUAUUUCCUGCCCCAGCUAUGGGUCUCUUCUGUGCUAGCAGUCCAAGGUAAGCGUCCUGUGUGGGGCUUGAUUAUGUCGCUCCGCCCCGGCAGGGUGUGAAGUAUCGGUGGCCCCCCUGGGGCAUAUGGGGGUGGGCCUAUGCGGUUUGCGUCUGUCUCCUGCGUGUUGGAGGGCGGGAUGUAAUUGAUGGUGCCCUUACAGUUUUGGGCCUUGAGGGAUCUUGGGGUUUGUGGCCUCAGUACUAUUGUCUGUGGUCUGUCGGGCUUCUGUAUGUUGGGGGGCGGGCCAGUGGUGGUAUGGUCAUCGGGCAGAGGUCUGUGAUUUGGGUAGUGAGUGUGUCGCUAAGCGUAGGGGGAGGAGCUUUGGUUGAUUGUCUUUCUUAUCUUCCCUUUCCUUUGCCCCAUCCCGCCCCCAUACCCAUCCCGCCGUCUCCUUUCAGUGUCUCUCUGGGUUCCCUGCCCGCCCGUGGAGGCGUCCAUAUUUUGCCCUUAGGGAGAGCCGAGCAUAAUAAAACUUGUGAACAGAAACAUGCAAUUAUUUUUCAGUCAAAACAUCAGUAAACCUCUUUAAGUAUAAAAUUUGUCAUGCAAUGAAACCUUUUUGGGGGGGGAGGGGAUUUGUUAAGUGUGAUGUGUCUAUAUGGCUGGGGUUCCAAUUGUGGGUUAUGAUGCGGAGUCCUUAUUUACCGGGGAUGUGGUAGGCUCCGUGGGUACUCUGGGUGGGCUUUUGCAGGGUGUAGGAUUGCGUUCCGUCCCGUUUCAGGGACCCCGCUGCCCCAGUGCCCGGUGCCUUAAGUAGGUGGUAGUUGGGUGGUGUAAUCGGGGGGGCCCGCCAGAGCUAACGCCAAAUGGGGUAAGAGGGUCCCACACAGGCGGGCCCUGGUGUGCCCCUGAGUAGGUCUCAGGGUGAGGGGGUGAGCGGGCCUUUUCGGGCCCAUCGUGUGGGAGAACUGAGGUUACCAAUACUGUGGAACUAUCGUUCCAUGGGUUAGGUCCGUGGGUUUAGGUAGUCCCUCAGGUUUCUCGUCGCGCCUGUCCUGUUGGUUGUUGUUCUGGGUCGGCAGGGGUUGUCUCCGCUGGUAGCUUUAAUCCUAAGGCGUUGGCAAAGUCCAUGUCGGUGACUUGGAGCAAGGUGUAGGAUCGGUUUUCUUUGCGUGCGAUUUAAUUUGAAGGGAUGCCCCCACAUGUAUCUCCAUCCGUGCUGGGUCAGGGCCGUGGUGAGCGGUUUGAGUUCACUGCGCUUCCGUAGUGUCGACGGUGCCAGGUCCUGGAAGAAUUGAACUUUGCGUCCUUGAACUAGGGGAGGGUGGGCUCUGGCUAUGCCCAUGAGACGUUCUUUGGUCGCGAAGUUCAUCAUCUUUAGAACUACGUCCCUUGGCGCUGUAGGGUAGAGCACAGAGGGCCGCAGCGUUCUAUGGGACCUUUCAGUGGUGAGCUCAUAGUUUGAGGUCUCUGGUAGCAUGGCUUUAAACAUGUCCCAUAUGGUGGUGUGCAGGGUGCCUGCUGUGAUGUAUUCAGGGAGGCCUCUAAGCCGGAUAUUGUUCCGGCGGGAUCCGUUACUGAGGUCUUCCAUACCGUCCUCCAGAUACCUGAUUAUUUUUUUUUUUUUUUGUGACCUGUGGUAAGUUCAUGGUAGUGAAACUGUGAUCGCUCAGAAAGUUCUGUGAGGUGAGUUUCAGUUUGGGUUGUCCUCGUGGCGAGUGCGUCCAGAUCGGAGCGUAGGCCUGUGAGCUGUUUUUCUAGCUCUGCGGCCGUAUAGGCCUUAGUGUCGCUUGUGGCUUCUUUAAGUGUGCGGAUGUCUCUUUUCGUUAGGGGGGCAUCUUGGUUUGUAUGCAUCCUGCGAUAUUCAGAUUCAGAGCCCGAGUCUUCUCGGCCUUGUGCUGAAGAUGGCGGCUGCUGGUCUUUUGCGCGGAACAUCGUGGCUACCGAGGGUGUAGAGUCUUUUUUUAUUUAUUUUUUUUGGUUGCCUCUUAUCAGGUGUAGAGGCUGGGAGGUAGUUGAGUGUCUGAAGGUAGUGGGGUGUGUGGGUUUUGAGGUAGAAGUGCGGAUGGAUGCGGAUUCUAUUCCCAGGGGGGAGAGAGCUCAGGGUUUACACGUCUGGCUCCAUUGACUGUCAGGCUCCACCCCCGUUUUUGCUAUUUUUAUCAGUCACUUUCACAUUCAUUAUAAUCAUCUUUUAUAUAUGAUUCCUCUGAUAUGUCUGACUCCAAGUGAAAGUGUGUUGACUCUAGCUGGAAUGUUCAGUAGAGAGAAAUCCUUACCACCUGCUUGAUACAUACUUAAAACCUGAAGAUAGCACACUAUGGGUUCAUAUAAUAAUGGCUAGUACUGGCUUGCUAGCUAAAGCCGCAUGGCGAAACAAUCCUUUGUUUGGUGACAGUUGAGGCCCUGCUAGUUGCCAAGUGGCUUGAGAGGCUCUAUCUAUGCAAUGGCGCAAGGGGAUUUUUGUGGCCACCAAAUAUAGUGGCAGGAUGUUGGCCUCUCUGUGACUGUAACCAGAAAAAAGGGGAAGGGAGUGACAGGUGAGGCCCUCUCUAUAUACCAUGCGAGGCGGCUAGCUCACGAGUGGCCCGAUGGGUGUUUGCCUCAGAGCGUUGAGGCGGGGUGUUGGCCUCGCGGGACCACUAUACGACAGGCAUAGAUGCCAAGAAAGGAGAAUACCUAUUGGAAACCUAUAGUCCCUAAUUGCCAGUACGCUAAGGAUAUACCCAGGGGGAAACAGAAAAUGUAUGUAUAUACGACAUGAGCAGGUGUAUGUACCUGGUAGUAUUAUAACCGUGUGUGGUUCCCUUAUUUACCACUAUAAUGUCUUAAAGCAUAGAACUUAGUAGGGCUAACCAUACAGAUAUCUUAGCCAUAAUUUUAUAUAGUGUAAGAGAUCCUCUAUUUAACAUAUAUAAAUAAUUGAGAAUACAAUAUAAAAUAAGGAUUGUCUUGGAAGCAAGAUUGUCUUUUGGAUAUUUAUUAUAUAAAAAUAUAAAAUCCAUUAUAGCAGAGUUUAUAAGAUUAAAUUACAUGCUUGCAAAUAUCAUUAAUAGGUUAACAUACCCUUCUGAACAUGUCAUCAUGUCAGCCUCUCUGUCAUUUUAAGAUGGAGCAGCGUCUGUCUCCAAGUCUCUCCUCUGUUUCUUAACAUUUAAAAGUACACCUAUUUAUACCUUAGGUGUCUCCAUUUUAGGUUACUGUAGUUCAAAUAUGAAAAAGUAACACUUCUUUUACUUUAUUCAAUUUAGGUCCUCCCUUAAUUUGGCAAACAUACAAGGCCAUAACUAAAGGGUGUAUACGUCAUGGAAAUUUUCCUGACUUAGUUCAAGAUGGCAUCUUAAAGUCUGAAUAGGUUAUCUGUUGUUUAUACUAAGUCGUAAGUGUACAGUCGUGGGAGAUUCCCGGAUUUGGGGAAGUUCCAUUAACUUGGGGUUACCACAGUAUAUUGUGUACUGCAAGAGUCGUAGUAUAGCCUUGAAGCUUGUUUAUGCAUUAUUGUUAUUGUAAUUCGUCUGGGACAAAAUGGCGCAAACAUAUUAUGCACUGAGGUUAUUGCUUAAAGAAACAGUUAUGAAAAACAAUAUGUUCCAUUUCUAACACCUUGUCAGUUUGCAAUAUCUCUUAAAGACAAAGUACACAGUUUAAGAAAUACAACAUUUCAUUCUAAAACUUGUAAUAUUUGCAUUUGCCCGUAACAGUAUGAUUAGAUACCCUUACUGGUCAUAAGGGUUAUUAAUACCUGUGUCCCGGACGGGUAAAACAAUGUAUGAAAAUUGAAUAUAGACAUUUAAAAGCGUAUAACUUUAUGUGUUUUAUGCAAGUUUAAUAGAGCAAAGUGCUCCGUCCCAAUGUUUAUUGUAUGCUUGUAAUGCCCCUGUUUGAAGGAAAUUAACCUGUUGGGAGUGUUAUAUCAUGUGUGAUAUGGAAUACUACGGUACCCCGAAACAUGAGUGUAGUGAACCAUGACUGGCAGCUGAGUAACCUAAUAUGUGAAAAUACUUAAUGGGAAGGACUUCUAUUUUAAGCGUGCAAAUAUGCAAAUAUUCCGUAUUAGACUCUAGUGCUUUUAGUAUGUGCAUUCUUGGGUAAAUGUAUGCGUAUUGUCAGCAAAUGUAACUAAAUGCCUAUGUAGGCAGGAAUGAUUAUAGCAUAGCAAGCAUGAGUUGUAAGGAAGUGUUAUUGUGUAAUUAUAAUUAUAGUGGGAAUGUUAUGAGGGGAAUAACCAUAUGUCUGAAAAGCCUGUAGUAUACAGUUUGACAGAAGUCAGUAUAAAAGCGAAAAUGCUGUAGUUAGUUUGUUUGUACAUGAAAUGCAAUAAUGUCUGAGAAGCCUGUAGUACACUGACUGGUAGGGGUCAGUGUGUAGGUGAAAAUGCAGUGGUUCGUUGGUUUGUACAUGAAAUGCAAGAAUGUCUGAGAUGACGGUAGUACACCGAAUGACCGGUAGGGGUCAGUGUCUAGGCGAAAAUGCAGUGGUUCGUUGGUUUGUGCAUGAAAUGCAAGAAUGUCUAAGAAGCCUGUAGUACACCAAAAGACCAGUAGGGGUCAGUGUGUAGGCGAAAAAAUUGUAUUUCGUUUGUAGUUUUAACCGAACAGAUUUUAACCAAAACAGAUUUUUACAUGAGCAGCUAGGUGAGUAUAAGGUAACGAAAUAAUAACCGUGCAAAAAGAAAGGAAACCGUAAAGUGAGGACCCGUGCUGUGCUGACAGGUGGGUCAACUUACGGUUUGAGAGUCCCUGAGACACCAAAUGCGAUGCUGACCGGAGAGAGAGCCACUGGAUUAACUGAAAGCCCUGCUGCAGGAUUCCUGGACACAGCUUUGAGUAGGAGACCUCAUGGAGCAGAGGUGAAACCAAAAUGGCGUCUUGUAUGACCUGGAAGUGGAUCUCAUGCAAAUGCUGACCUUGAACAGUCUAUUCAUCUGACCAACAAAGGUAAGUAGGGAAAGGGGGGAGUCCCUUUUAUAGGUCUAUAGCCCCUCCCACAACUUCAGGCCAUGUAUGUGUAUGUGUGUGUGUGUGUGUGUGUGUGUGUGUGUGUGUAUAUAUAUAUAUAUAUAUAUAUAUAUAUAUAUAUAUAUAUAUAUAUAUGUGUGUGUGUGAAUUUGUGACGGACCACCCGGCACCCCAACCUAGUAAUCCUUGAGUAGCAUAACCACCGUAAACCCCACAAACCGCCGCAGCUUGGAAUGGGUCUCAUUGUCCUCCACCCACCCUGUACCCAAGACCAGGAUCCAGCUUUCAGUGGGUAGACCUCUCCUAGUCCAGGGAGCAAAGCAAGUGUUGUAAUCCAAGGAAGUAUAAUGAUACUAUAGCAAUCUCUAGACUGAAUAUAGCUGUCCAAUCUCCCAAACAUGAGCCUAGACUUCAUGAAGGAGUAAAGCGUUCUGUUUAAUGGCAGCCACAACUGGCCUUUUAUGCAGGUCCCAAAGCAAGGGAUUUUCGGUUACAGAUUCCAGGGGCAUUACCCACUGGACCUGAGAUUAGAAUACAGCAAAAACAUACACAUGAUUACAUUGGCUCUCAGGUCCAGGACACUCCCACACAAAACAUCCCUCCUCUGUGUCUAGGAGAUAAUUGAGUCAGGAACUGUACUAAACUCCAUUAUCUCCAGGCACAGAACACACACAUUUUACACACAUUUUACAAUACCCCAAAAGUACCCCUAAAACACAUGGAAACCCCACAAAAGUCACAUGCCCUGAUCUGUGGGGACCAACAUAUCCAAAAAUCAUCCAGAUCGGUUCAGUCUUUCGGGAUUUCCAUGGAAGUCCUAAUUUGACCGACCACACAUGAGGCUCCUGCCAAAAACCGUUCCAGAGAAUCAGGGCUUGCAGUCGGUCUAGUUCGGUAGUUUAAAAACCGAACAAACUACUGAACAUAGUCAAUAGUCUUACCCUGGAGCUUGUUCUCCUCAUCCAGACUAACAAUUCCACCGAACAGUGCUCUUCUAAGUUGUAUAGGACCAAAUGCAGGCGAUGAUGGAAGUGCAGCGGUGUUCGUGAGUUUCCAUGUCCGAUUUUAAUUCCAGGAACUCGACGACCAAACACCGCUGUCCUCGUUAAUGCGAACAAGAUGGCCACCACCUUGUGGUAGUUCAUGCGAACAGCGGCCACCCAAACAGAUAAUUAGAACACUGCGGUUAGAAUCGUUAAUAGCUGUUAAUAGGGUUUAACAAGAUCCCGGGUGAUCUCUAGUUUGUGCGGCUGAGACAAAAUCCCAAUUGCACAAACAGAGCCUUUUUAAAGUAUAUUAGCCAAGGUCUAUUGCAGGGGCCAUAGUCCUGAGGCAAGAGGCUGGCCAGCAGGCCCCUCCAAGAACCCGUGAUGAGGUUCGGUGUGUGUGUGUGUUCUCGUUCUCCAAUAGAAGUCUGCUGGCACUCCACUAAUAUAUAGAUAUAAAGUACUACUUGCCUGGGUGCAAAUGUCCCACGUUGAAAUAUGUAGCAUAAAAGGAAAAAUAGGAUGCACUCUCAGGUCUUAGGUUGAAGGUGACUGGUGUAUUCAUUGAAAAUAUUCAAUCAAUAAUUAAUCAGUUCUGUGUACAAAAUAAUCACCGUUUUGACCCUUUAAGGGUCUUUUUCAAAAUCACAUAUAGACCCUUUAUAUAGAUCUAUCUAUAUGAUAUAUAUGUAAUUACCCUUUCUAAUAUGUGUUUGAAGACAUUUCAUUUAUACUCAGUGUUGUUUUUUUCUUUUGCGUUGGUGCUUAUACAAGUUGUGACAUAAAGGUGUCAUUUAACAAGUUCAAAAGCUUGAUUCCCUUUACUGAACUACUAGUCCCCCUAUCCCAAAUUAUGUCCGGGUAAUUAAAAUCUCCAAUAAUUAAUGCAUUACCCAGAUGUGUAGCUUUCCCAAUUUGCUUUGAAAGCUGUUCUUCCUCAUUAAUAUUAACAUUAGGUGGUUUAUAACAUAUCCCAACCAAUAAAUGACUUCCCUUCUUUUGUCCCAAGCAGAUAUCUACCCAUGAUAUCUACCAUUUUUUUUCAUCACAUUCCACCUGCUUAAUGUCUUUAAUUCAUAAUUGACAUACAAGCAUACCCCAUCACCUUUCCUGAAUAUUAUAUAAUUCCUUAAUAUUGUGUAAGCUUUUAAGGUAACUGUCCAAUUUAGGUGUCUCAAUCCACCAUGUUUCCAUUAUGCCUAUAAUGUUGUAUUGCUUAGUGUAUGCUAUUGCCUCUAGUUCCCCCAUUUUGUUUAAUAAAUAAAAUUCUCUAUCUAAGAGCAAGCACGAGUGAGUCUUGGCAUGAGCACCCAGCUCCUGUAAACCCAGGUACUCCAUUAAGCCUUAGUAAUGCAUACAAUUUUAGAACAUCCUCUUGGGGCUGUUUUAACCAAUAUUUUGCAGAUCACAUGUUUAUAUCCCAUGUCAAUGAGGCUAGCAUUGACCAAUAUUAGUGUACUUUUUAUAUUCAUCUGAAAUAGUAUCUUUAAGUAGACUUGAAGGUUUUGAAACUAUGCAUUGUGCUACCCACUUGUGUAUUUUAUUUUGAAAUGUUUUCAGGUGAAGUAACUGCAAUAAAGGAGCACUAUAGUGCCAGGAAAACAAACUCGUUUUCCUGGCACUAUAGGGUUAUUAGGUCCCCCCCACCCCUUGCUCAGGGCCCCACUUCCGCUGGGCUGAAGGGGGUAAAACCCCUUCAGCCACUUACCUUAAUCCAGCGCCGAGCUCCCUCAACACUGGUAACCUCUCUUCCCCCUGCUGAAGUCCGUUCUGAAUGCGCAUGCGUGGCAAGAGCCGCGCGUGCAUUCAAACCACCUAUAGGAAAGCAUUACUCAAUGCUUUCCUAUGGACAUUCAGCAUCAUCUCCGUGUGAUUUUUCACACUGAGACUCACGGAAGUGCCUCUAGUGGAUGUCAGGGAGACAGCCACUAGAAAACAAACAAACGAACACCUUUAGAUAAGUGUUCUAAUUAAAUAAAUUACUUAACUUCAAUCAAUAUGCAGCCUCCCAGGAUCGUUAUCCACAACAAACGAUCUUAACAUAUGCAUAGAACCCCAGACAGGAAUGGGAUACGGCUGUAUAAUCUAUAGAGGGAACAUAUAAAGGAAAAAACACAAUAGUGUGAUACAGUAAAUACAGUGAAUAGUGCGCUUAAAUGGAUGCACUCACAAGAUGAUGAAGAUGAAAAAGCAUUCAUAGGGUGCCUCCCCAGAUAGCAUAGGGGGCUAGUGGUUUCCCCUAUCCGAUGUAAAGCGACCAAUGGAACACGGGACUCCAGGUAAGUAAUAGUAGAAAAGCAAUACUUUUAUUUUCUUAAAAGGUGAACAAGCACCAUAAGAAUAAAGGUUUAAAAGUGCAGCAAUAGGUCCAACGCGUUUCGUUCAAGACUAGAACUUCAUCAGGGACCGCACAGUAAAAAAAUCACAGACAAUAUCAUAGAUUGUAAAAUAACAUCCUACUUUCCCCUUAACAAAAUCUCUAUAUAUAGGGCUAGUCCCAAAGUCCCAUUGGUCCAUAGUGUAGGAGUAUCCAGUAGCCAGCCAAUCAUCUAUCCAGGGGUAUUGUCCUCCAGCUGAUAGUGUUUGGGUAGUUUAAAAAGGGCGCGUUCAAUGUAAAAGCCGAAACCGGAAGUGGAUGUCUGCCUUCACUUCCGCGUUCCAUUUGCGUUCCAUAUGCGUUCCAAACACGCUCCAAAUGCGUUCCAAAUACAUUUACUGCUCUUUUUCAACUAGAACAGCGAGGAGCCAUCAAUAUAAGUGAUCAUCAAAAGGACAAAGCCCAAAAGUGUUAAAUGCAUUAAAUGUAAUUAAUCUUUAAAAGAAGAAAAGUGAAUUAGUGCAUGUAAUAUACAACAACCAUGUUAAGAUAGUUCAUAUGGAACUUCCCCACAUAUUAUAUAUAUGACAAUAUCAUACACCAUUAAAUAGUGCCAUGUAUGUCUAUUUAAAGUGACAAACAUCUCAUUAUUCAAAAAAUAAGAACACAAAUAAUAUAUUCCUAAAAAAAGUUCCCUCAAUAUCAAUAAUAAUCAUUUUAAACCAUAUAACCUGCAAGGUACACCUAACUAUAUAAUAUAAGUAUAUAUAUAUUUUUUUUUUUUUUUUUAUUAUAUAAAUUAUGAAUUGUAUUGAUUAAAGACACUUCUUUUUCCCUAUAUUUAGACUGCCAGAGCUCCUCAUAUUCCCAAAGAUACUUAUGGAAUAAUUUACAUAAAGGAGAAGAAUAACCAAAAAAUCAGUCCAAGAAACACACCAGAUCGAUCCCAAUAUUCAGGCCCCUAGGUUCAAGGGUCUUUAGUUUGUGUAUCCAAAAGGUUUCCCUUUGGGAUAACUUUUUAAUCCUAUCACCUCCCCGCCAGUAGGGAAGGACAUGUUCGAUACCCAUACACUUGAAAUCUCUAAAGGAGAAGGAUGGACAAUUACUGCAAUGGGCAGAGACUGAAUGAGUAACCAGUCCUUUACGUAUAUUAUUUAGGUGUUCCAAGAUCCUGACUUUCAGGAUACGUUUCGUGCGUCCCACAUACUGUUUGCCACACGGACACUGCAGUAAGUAUACUACAUAGUCCGUGUGGCAACCUAUUAAUGAUUUAAUCUUGAAAGUCUCCCCCGUGAUAUGGCUAAUAAAUUCCUUAGUUCUCCCCAUAGAGGCGGUGGUACAUGCUUUGCACACAUUACAUCCCCUAAAACAACCCGAUUCAGGGGAUACAUUAGAACUAUUCAUUUUAAUAGCAUAGCUAGGGGCUAGCAUAUUUUUAAAGUUCUUAUUUUUCUUAAAUAUCACCAUCGGGCGUUCAGACAAAGAAUUACCCAAAAUGGGAUCCUGUUGUAAUAUGGGCCAAAAAUCACUUAGGCUCCUUUUGAUCUUAAAAUGAUCCGUAUUAUAUUGGGUGACAAAGGCUGAUUUAAAAUUCUUAUUCCCAACAGUAUUAGGAGGUUUAUCCUCCAGGAGUUUGUUCCGUUCAAGGAGACCAAUUGAUCGAAUUUCUUUUUCUAACGUAUUCUUAUUGUAGCCCCUUGCACAUAAUUUAUUUUUUAUAUGGGAAGAUUGAGUCUGGAAGUCUUGAGGGCGAGAACAAUUGCGUCUCAAUCUGGUAAAUUGACUCCGUGCUAUGCCCCUAAGCCAAGGCUUAUGGUGACAGCUUUGUUGGUGUACAAAGCCAUUCCCAUCUGUUGGUUUAAAAAAACAUUUAGUUUGAAUUUGACCCUGAUCACAAAAAAUAUCAAGAUCCAAAAAAUGGAUCUCAUGUUUAUUCCACUCGGGGGUGAAGACAAGAUUGUAUAAGUUGGAAUUUAAAUAUUGAACAUAAUCAGAAAAACUAUUGGAGGACCCCUUCCAAAUGAUGAUCACGUCAUCGAUAUAGCGCCGCCAGAGCACCAAGUUCUCCCUCCAGUCAUGCUGCGACCACACGAAUAAUUCCUCCCAUCUACGCAUGUAGGUGUUGGCAUAACUGGGGGCGAACCUGGUGCCCAUGGCGGUCCCUGUGAUCUGUAGAUAAUACUGAUCAUUAAAAAAGAAAAAAUUAUGUUCCAAAAUAAAUUGUACUGAGGUCAAUAUAAAUUCCUUUUGACCUUGAGAUAGGUCCUGAUCUUGGGACAUAUAGUAAUCAAGAGACUCCAAUCCUAAACAAUGACUAAUUACCGUAUACAGAGAGGUCACGUCUAGCGUGGCCCAACUGUAUUCAGGGUUCCACUCAAUGCUGUCCAGUUCUUGUAAAAAAGACUUGGUAUCCCGUAUAAAGGAGGGCGCCCCUUGGGCGUACUUUUGAAGGAAAGAGUCCACAUACGCGGACAGAUUAGCAGUGAGCGAGUUAACUCCACUGAUAAUAGGGCGACCUGGUGGAUCAGGGAGGCGUUUAUGAGUUUUUGGGAGGAAAUAAAAAAUCGGAAUCACUGGACUUUUUUGAAAUAAGAAAUCAAAGUUUUUUAAAGAUAUGAUUCCAUUGUCUCUAGCCGUAGUCAAAAUUUCUUUUAGUUCUAAAUUGUACAAUGGCAUAGGGUUAUUCUGCAGAGUGAUAUAAGUUUUUUUAUCCCCUAAAAUAUUAAGGGAUUCCUUCAAAUAAUAAGACAUAGUCAUCAACACAAUACCUCCUCCCUUAUCAGCCUCCCUGAUCACCAGGUCCUCUCUUUCCAUAAGAUGUUUUAAAGUCGCUUCUUCCCUUUUUGUUAGAUUAAAGGGGCAUGAUCCACUUUUUCUCUUUUUAGCAAUAGAUUGGAAAGCCUGAUCAACCAUAUGUUCAAAAGUUUCUAAGAAGGGGCCCUUACUUUGAACCGGAAAAAAAUGAGAUUUAGGUUGAAAUCUAUAGUCUUCCCUUUCAGAUACAGUAUCUAUUUCCCUCUCAGUGGUAGAUGGAUGUAGGAGGAAAUGUCUUUUUAUGGUUAGAGAGCGUAUAAACUUUUUAAGAUCUAUAUAAAGGUCAAAGUCAUUCGCCUUUUUAUUAGGGGCAAAUUUCAUCCCUUUCGAGAGUAGCUCUAUCUCCUCAGAUGUAAGUGGAAUUCCAGUUAAAUUAAAAAUGCCUCUACUCCUUUCCUCCUCAUUGGUAAGGGUAGUAGGACUAGGACUCUGAACUAGUCCUCUGUUCUCACCCUCUUGUGUGGUGAAUCUUGGUAUAAAGGGGUGAACCUGUUGGGAAGUAUCGGUUCUCGGACGAAAAUAGUUGGUAAUGAAUUUUUCUUUCGGGCCCCUGUGUCUCCCUUGAAAAUUUAUCUCCUGUUCAUUAAAUUGUGUAGGAGCCCUAAACGUAUCCGUUUGAUUAUAUGUGGUCUGAGUACGGGAUCUUACAUUCCCCUCCCUAUCUGGCGUAGGUUUUUUAGGGGGGGUAGGUCUCUGUCUAUUCCAAGUUCUAGGGUGGUAAGUAGAUCUACCAUCCUUAGGUGCAAAAUUAGCCCUAUAGUUAAUUCUAGAUCUUGAGUUACUCCUUGUUCUAUUCGGUGUUCUUGGAAUCAUUUUCUUAAAAGGAACAUAGCGAGAUUUUUUUCUUAUUAAUUUAUUAAGAGUGGAAAAACUAUUAGUUAAUUUGUCCUCUUUAUCCCUGCUAUACUUCCUAUUCUUUGUUUCAGCAAUAUUCUCAUCAAGUUUUUUAAUAUUUGUUUGUAGAAUUUCAUCCCUCUCCUUAAAAUCCCUUCCCUCUGUAUUAAUGGGAGGAUUGGAGUCAAGUUCAAUUAACUCAGCUUCCAAUUUACUCUGUGAUUCUUUAGAGUGUCUAAUUAUAAGUUGUAUAAGCUGAAAAGAGCAAUUAGUAAGGAUUUCAUCCCAUUCUUGUAAGAAGAGAUCAUCCUCCAAUCCGAAUGCCGGUGUUUUAUCUAUUCUGAGACCACGUGGGAUUAAGCCCUCCUUGAGAUAAUUUUCCAAAUAGGCUAUCUCCCACCAUUUUUUUGUUUCAGCAGUUAAUAACCUCUCUUUUUUUCUUAAAAAACUCAUCUAGCCCUUUAAGAGGUUGUGGCUUGUCCCACUCUUGAAACAUAGCCUCAAACCUUCUCCUACGGCUAUUCUGUAAGUUGGACAAAAAGCUCACAUUUGUAGACAUAAUCAAUACAAUCAAUAGCAAAUAUGUGCACCCAAAAAAAUAGUGGAUAAGACAAAAACAGAAAACAAACAAACGAACACCUUUAGAUAAGUGUUCUAAUUAAAUAAAUUACUUAACUUCAAUCAAUAUGCAGCCUCCCAGGAUCGUUAUCCACAACAAACGAUCUUAACAUAUGCAUAGAACCCCAGACAGGAAUGGGAUACGGCUGUAUAAUCUAUAGAGGGAACAUAUAAAGGAAAAAACACAAUAGUGUGAUACAGUAAAUACAGUGAAUAGUGCGCUUAAAUGGAUGCACUCACAAGAUGAUGAAGAUGAAAAAGCAUUCAUAGGGUGCCUCCCCAGAUAGCAUAGGGGGCUAGUGGUUUCCCCUAUCCGAUGUAAAGCGACCAAUGGAACACGGGACUCCAGGUAAGUAAUAGUAGAAAAGCAAUACUUUUAUUUUCUUAAAAGGUGAACAAGCACCAUAAGAAUAAAGGUUUAAAAGUGCAGCAAUAGGUCCAACGCGUUUCGUUCAAGACUAGAACUUCAUCAGGGACCGCACAGUAAAAAAAUCACAGACAAUAUCAUAGAUUGUAAAAUAACAUCCUACUUUCCCCUUAACAAAAUCUCUAUAUAUAGGGCUAGUCCCAAAGUCCCAUUGGUCCAUAGUGUAGGAGUAUCCAGUAGCCAGCCAAUCAUCUAUCCAGGGGUAUUGUCCUCCAGCUGAUAGUGUUUGGGUAGUUUAAAAAGGGCGCGUUCAAUGUAAAAGCCGAAACCGGAAGUGGAUGUCUGCCUUCACUUCCGCGUUCCAUUUGCGUUCCAUAUGCGUUCCAAACACGCUCCAAAUGCGUUCCAAAUACAUUUACUGCUCUUUUUCAACUAGAACAGCGAGGAGCCAUCAAUAUAAGUGAUCAUCAAAAGGACAAAGCCCAAAAGUGUUAAAUGCAUUAAAUGUAAUUAAUCUUUAAAAGAAGAAAAGUGAAUUAGUGCAUGUAAUAUACAACAACCAUGUUAAGAUAGUUCAUAUGGAACUUCCCCACAUAUUAUAUAUAUGACAAUAUCAUACACCAUUAAAUAGUGCCAUGUAUGUCUAUUUAAAGUGACAAACAUCUCAUUAUUCAAAAAAUAAGAACACAAAUAAUAUAUUCCUAAAAAAAGUUCCCUCAAUAUCAAUAAUAAUCAUUUUAAACCAUAUAACCUGCAAGGUACACCUAACUAUAUAAUAUAAAGAUUUUUUUUUUUUUUUUUAUUAUAUAAAUUAUGAAUUGUAUUGAUUAAAGACACUUCUUUUUCCCUAUAUUUAGACUGCCAGAGCUCCUCAUAUUCCCAAAGAUACUUAUGGAAUAAUUUACAUAAAGGAGAAGAAUAACCAAAAAAUCAGUCCAAGAAACACACCAGAUCGAUCCCAAUAUUCAGGCCCCUAGGUUCAAGGGUCUUUAGUUUGUGUAUCCAAAAGGUUUCCCUUUGGGAUAACUUUUUAAUCCUAUCACCUCCCCGCCAGUAGGGAAGGACAUGUUCGAUACCCAUACACUUGAAAUCUCUAAAGGAGAAGGAUGGACAAUUACUGCAAUGGGCAGAGACUGAAUGAGUAACCAGUCCUUUACGUAUAUUAUUUAGGUGUUCCAAGAUCCUGACUUUCAGGAUACGUUUCGUGCGUCCCACAUACUGUUUGCCACACGGACACUGCAGUAAGUAUACUACAUAGUCCGUGUGGCAACCUAUUAAUGAUUUUUGGGCUUUGUCCUUUUGAUGAUCACUUAUAUUGAUGGCUCCUCGCUGUUCUAGUUGAAAAAGAGCAGUAAAUGUAUUUGGAACGCAUUUGGAGCGUGUUUGGAACGCAUAUGGAACGCAAAUGGUACGCGGAAGUGAAGGCAGACAUCCACUUCCGGUUUCGGCUUUUACAUUGAACGCGCCCUUUUUAAACUACCCAAACACUAUCAGCUGGAGGACAAUACCCCUGGAUAGAUGAUUGGCUGGCUACUGGAUACUCCUACACUAUGGACCAAUGGGACUUUGGGACUAGCCCUAUAUAUAGAGAUUUUGUUAAGGGGAAAGUAGGAUGUUAUUUUACAAUCUAUGAUAUUGUCUGUGAUUUUUUUACUGUGCGGUCCCUGAUGAAGUUCUAGUCUUGAACGAAACGCGUUGGACCUAUUGCUGCACUUUUAAACCUUUAUUCUUAUGGUGCUUGUUCACCUUUUAAGAAAAUAAAAGUAUUGCUUUUCUACUAUUACUUACCUGGAGUCCCGUGUUCCAUUGGUCGCUUUACAUCGGAUAGGGGAAACCACUAGCCCCCUAUGCUAUCUGGGGAGGCACCCUAUGAAUGCUUUUUCAUCUUCAUCAUCUUGUGAGUGCAUCCAUUUAAGCGCACUAUUCACUGUAUUUACUGUAUCACACUAUUGUGUUUUUUCAUUUAUAUGUUCCCUCUAUAGAUUAUACAGCCGUAUCCCAUUUCUGUCUGGGGUUCUAGACAGCCACUAGAGGCUGGAUUAACCCUCAAUGUAAAUGUGGCGAAAGUAACCUCGCCACUGGUUCUUGGUAGCGCCGGUUUGCCAGCCUCCUGCCUCAGAACUAUGGGCCAUGCAAAAAGUUCAUAAAAGACCUUGUUCGUGCCGUUUUGCUAUCCUGUUCGGGAACCGAACAGACACACGAACCAAGGACAAACCGGGAGCUUGUUAACACCUUGGAACUGUUCUCACCGCAGUUUUCUGGGUGUUCGUCUGGGUGGCCGUAAUUCCUAUCGACAACCACGAGGUGCUGGCCAUCUUGUUUGCAUGAAUGCAGGCAGCGGUGUAUGGGCAUGAAUCUCAUGAACAUAAAAUCGGGCACAGAAACUCCCGAACACCGCUGGACUUCCAUCAUCACCUGCGUUCGCUUCUAUACAAUUUAGAAGGGCACUGUUCGGUGAAAUAGUCCAAUUGAAUGAGGGGAACAAGCUCCAGGGUAAGAACAUUGACUACUAUUGUUCGGUAGUUUGUUCGUUUUCCAAACUACCGAACUAAACCGACUGCAAGCCGUGAUUCUCAGGAACUGUUUUGGGCAUGGGACCAUGCGUGUGGUCGGUCAAAAAUAAGACUUCCAGGAAAUUCCUGAACCCCUGAACUGAUUGGGGUGAUUUUUGUAUAUGUUGUCACCCAGAUCAGGGCUAUCUGGGGAUGUAAAUUUUGUGGUGGUUUUGUGUGUUUUAAGGUAUUUGUGGGGUUUUAUAAAAAUGUGUGUUUUUGUGUUGAGAUAAUUGAGUUAAUACAGUACUUGAUUCAAUUAUCUCCCAGGCAGAGGAAAGGGAUUGUAUGAUUAUGUAUGGGAGUGUCAUGAACAACUUUGUCAUUGGUCUGUAACUUUGUACUGUAGUCUUCCAUCAGGUCCGGGUGGGAGUACCCCUUGCAUGGGGACUUGCAUAUAAGGCCAGUUGUGACUACCAUUAAAUGAGUUAAAUUGCCAACCCUCAAAUUAGUCUCAUCUCAUGUGUUGGGGAGAAACGGCUGUGUCUGCUCUGGGGAUUGCUAUAUCACGAUAUUCCCCUGGGCUAUAAUCACUAGCUCUUGUAAGAGCUACACUGCUAUACUCUCCAGGAGGUGGUCCAGGGUGAGAAGGGACGGCAAGACCCCAGCCAAGCUGUGGCAGCGAAGGGGCUACGGAGCUUAUGGUGUGCGGUUCUUAUGGUACUCGGUGACCGCUAGGAAACAGCGAUUGGCAGAGUCACACAGUCAGGGUGUCAUGCGGUCCGUCACAGUAAACAUAGCUGUUUCUCUGAAACUGCUAUGUUUUCAGCUGCAGGGUUAAAACUAGAGGGACCUGGCACUCAGACCACUUCAUUGAGCUGAAGUGGUCUGGGUGCCUAUAGUGGUCCUUUAACCCCUUCAGACCGGAGGGCGUACUAUUACGCCCUAUUAUAGGCGGCUCUAAACGCCGCCGGUUGUAAUAGUACGCCCUCCGGUCUUUCGGUACUUACCCGGUCGCCGGCAAUCCCACGCCGGCGAUCGCGGUGGGGGGGACUCCCAGGGAGCCCCCCCGUGGCACGUCCGUCCUCCACGAAGCCCCCCUGGCCGUGUGAGAGUGGGGUCCUUGCGAGGACCCCACAAUCACAUGGCCGGGGGUAGUUGCCUCCUGCAUUGCCAGCAGGGGGACUGCCUAUAAUGACAGGUGGUCCCCCCUGCUGGCUGAAAAUAAAAAUAAAAUAAAUAGUGUAAAAAAAAAAAAUAAUAUAUACCGUCUAGGUGUAUUUUACUAUUAAAAUAUAUAUAUAUAUAUAUAUAUAUAUAUAUAUAUAUAUAUAUAUAUAUAUAUAUAUAUAUAUAUAUAUAUAUAUAUAUAUAUAUAUAUAAUCAAAUUACACAUAGACUGAUACUGAUUAAAUAUAUAUAUAUAAUUAUUGUUAUAUAUAUAUAUAUAUAUAUAUAUAUAAAAAUGUAAAUACGUAAAAAAAUUAAAAAAAUAAUUAAAAAUAAAUAAUUAAAAAAUAUAGAGAUGUGUGUUAUUUCGUUCUAACUGUAUUGUGAAAUUAAUAUAUACACGUGGAACGAAAUAUAUAUAUAUAUAAAAAUAUUUUUAAAAAUAUAUAGAUAUAUACAUAUAUAUACACAUACGUAUAUAUAUAUUAAUUCUACAUAUAUAUUUAUGUAAUAUUUUUACAUAAUUAGGUAUCUUAAUUAAUUACAAUUAGCAGGACCUGCCUGACAACCCAUGCCGAAAGUAAAGGGAAUUUAAUUUGCUAGCACUAUAUUUAACCCUAUAACUUUCCGAGACACCAUAAAACCUGUACAUGGGGGGUACUGUUCUACUCGGGAGACUUCGCUGAACACAAAUAUUAGUGUUUCAAAACAGUAAAAUGUAUUACAACGAUGAUAUCGCCAGUAAAAGUGAAGUUUUUUGCAUUUUUCACGCACAAACAGCAUUACACGGACAAUAUUAUUGCUGUGAUACUUUUUACUGUUUUGAAACACAAAUAUUUGUGUUCAGCGAAGUCUCCCGAGUACAACAGUACCCCUCAUGUACAGGUUUUAUGGUGUUUUCAAAAGUUACAGCGUCAAAUAUAAGGCUUGCGUUUCAUUUUUUUCACAUUAAAAUUCGCCAGAUUGGUUACGGUGCCUUUGAGACCCUAUGGUAGCCCAAGAAUGAAAAUUACCCCUAUGAUGGCAUACCAUUUACAAUAGUAGACAACCCAAGGUAUUGCAAACAGGGUAUGUCCAGUCUUUUUUAGUAGCCACUUAGUCACAAACACUGGCCAAAAUUGGCGUUUUUUGCAUUUUUCACACACAAACAAAUACUAACGCUAACUUUGGCCAGUGUUUGUGACCAAAUGGCUACUAAAAAAGACUGGACAUACCCCAUUUGCAAUACCUUGGGUUGUCUACUAUUGCAAAUGGUAUGCCAUUAUGGGUGUAAAUUUCAUUCCCGGGCUACUAUACAGUCUCAAAGGCAACGUAACCAAUCUGGCGAAUUUCAAUUUCAAAUGUAACGUGCUAUAUUUGACCCUGUAACUUCCCAAAACGCCAUAAAACCUGUACAUAGGGGGUACUGUCUUACACGUGAGACUUUACUGAAUACAAAUAUGUGUAUUUUAUUGCAGUAAAAGCAAACAGUAUUAUGACACUGACCGUUAAAAUGUCAUGUAGAACUAAAAAAAUAAAAAAAAUCGUAUUUUCUCCCAUUUUUUUCAUAUUAAAUUAUGUUUCAUAGCUAAAUAUUUGAUAUUAAAUGAAAGCCCUGUUUCCCCUGAAUAAAAUGAUAUAUAAUAAGGGUGGGUGCAUUUACUAUGAAAGAGGUGAAUUACGGUUGGACAGACAUGUAGCGCAAAUGCCAGGUUUUGUUUACAUUUUGUUUUGUUCACAACGUGUACAUUUGGCUCCGGCCUCAGAGUGUAUGUUUUUGUUUGUCCUCCCACUCACCCCCUUUCAUUCCAAAUAAUUACUUGUUUUCUUUUAUUUGCAGCCCCCAAUGAAUCGGUGAAGGUAGAUGAAAAUGACAAUGUGAAGGAUAGCAAUAUGGAUAAUGAAGUUAUCCGAACCUUAUUAAUUCAUGAAAUGAAAUCUGCCACUGGGCCUGCAGCUACUUCACUCUCUAAAAGUGAUUCAGGGAGUGACACUAGUGAUUCUGAAGAAGAGAAUCGUUCAAAGCCAGCACUGGUUCAGCAGAGUGCCAACAUUGAGCAAGAAGAGGAGUCUGAGGCUAUUGAUCCAGUAAUCCUGGUUGGUGGCCAACAACAUGCCUACAGCGAGGUCAGUCAAAACCCAGAACUUGUAUCUUUCAUGACUGAUGAAGAAAGGGAAAUCUAUAUCCAAGUAGGACAAAAAAUGUUCCAAUCAGCCUUCGAGUGA